AUUAAAAGCGUAUACUCCUUGCUGGUAUGAAGGGUGUAAAAACGGCGGGACUUGCAACUAUGACGGUACCUGUUCCUGUACUGAAAUGUGGGAAUCACCUGAUUGUUCAGAAGAGGCUACCACAUGCAGAAGCAAAACGUGUGGACAUCAUGGACGCUGCAGUGAUGAUCGAUUGACGUGCAUCUGUGAUCCUGGGUGGAUGGGAUCUCGCUGUUCAGAAUCGUAUACUCAAUGCCGGGAUGGUGGCUGUAAAAAUGGCGGGACUUGCAACGAUGACGGUGAUAAGUGUACCUGUAAGGAAAGGUGGGGAUCACCUGAUUGUUCAGAAGAUAUAAUAAAUGACUGUGAACCCAAUCCAUGUUUAAAUUUCGGGAGAUGUACUGACCUCGGAAGCAAAGUCAGGUGUGAUUGCAAACUUGGCUAUGUUGGCCUUGACUGCAGAUUCCGUAUGUCUUAUUUUUUAGCAUAUAAUGAUUGA